AUGAAGUUCUUUGCCAUUCUCGCCCUAGCUGCUUCAGCUUCAGCCGCUGCGAUGCAGGCACAAGACGAAUGGCAAACCUGGGGCAUAUGCACGACUUACUCGACCAUCUUCUCGACAGCCUACAGCACCAUCUUUGCAACGGAGACUGAUACCGAAGUUGGAACUCAAACCACGACUCUGUCUGAAGUGCAAACUCAGACACAGGUCGAAACUCAAGUCCAGACUACAACUUUUACCGACCCUGUCACUCAGCCCGCCGAGACUGUAACCGUCGCAGUCACCGAUACAGUUACUCCCACUGCCUCGACUUCAGCUUCUCCGUGGCGGGAUUGGUGA